AGACGCAAACCAGGCACCAACGCCAAAUCUCGCGACCUGUCGAAAUGGGCGAAACCGGAGGCAGCGAGUAGCGCGAGACGAACGCCGCCCACGAAUCCAAACCCUAGCGCCAGGAGGAAGACGGCGAGCGAACCCAGCACCGGUCCCGGCCCUCCAAAACCCUAUCCCGGCGGCCGCCGCUGCCGGAUCUCGGGGGUAGCGAGGGAUGUCGGACUCGGCGUCGAUGGCGGCCGCCAUCGAGGCGCGGUUCAGCAGCCGCGACCUCAUCGGCCGCGGCUCCUUCGGCGACGUCUACAAAGGGUUUGACAAGGAACUGAAUAAGGAGGUUGCUAUAAAAGUCAUUGAUCUGGAAGAAGCUGAGGAUGACAUUGAAGACAUACAAAAGGAGAUAUCUGUUUUGUCACAAUGCCGGUGCCCUUAUAUAACUGAUUAUUACGGCUCUUAUCUUCACCAGACUAAGCUAUGGAUAGUGAUGGAAUACAUGGCUGGUGGUUCUGUGGCCGACCUUCUUCAAGCCGGCCCUCCUCUGGAUGAAAUGUCUAUUGCAUGCAUUCUGAGGGACUUGUUACAUGCAAUUGAAUAUCUGCAUUCUGAAGGAAAAAUUCACCGUGAUAUUAAAGCGGCAAAUAUCCUCCUCACUGAAAGUGGAGAUGUGAAGGUUGCAGACUUUGGGGUUUCUGCACAGCUGACUAAAACAAUGUCUAGGAGAAAGACAUUCGUUGGAACUCCCUUUUGGAUGGCACCGGAGGUUAUUCAAAAUUCUGAAGGGUACAAUGAAAAGGCGGAUAUCUGGUCUUUAGGUAUUACUGCUAUUGAAAUGGCAAAAGGUGAACCCCCUUUGGCAGAUAUUCAUCCCAUGAGAGUUCUUUUCAUGAUACCUCGUGAAAAUCCUCCACAGCUUGAUGAGCAUUUCUCAAAACCAAUGAAAGAGUUUGUGUCACUAUGUUUGAGGAAGAAUCCAGCAGAGAGACCUAGUGCCAAGGAACUUCUUAAGCAUCGGUUCAUAAAAAAUGCCCGAAAGACUCCAAAGCUUCUUGAGAGAAUAAGAGAGCGGCCAAAAUUUGCAGCAAAACACAUGGAUGCCACACAAAAUGGCCAAACACAUGUUGAAGAAGAUGAUGUUGGUACAGGUACUAUCAAGGUUGAUAGGGCAAAAGAUGCAGCUCCACCUUUGAGUCAAGGAACAGUCAGGAAAGCUACAGGCUGGGAUUUGCCUGAUAGAUCAGAGGGCACAGGAACUGUCCGAGUUGUUUCAAGGCCCCCUCAGGCUGCCUCCACCAAGGAUAGUAGAUUUGAUACGCCUCAAAGUCCAAUUACACCAAGACGUACAGCUGAUCGAGAAAAUCAGUGGAGGACAUCAUAUACUGGGUCUGAAGAAUCUCUCUCUCAGAGAGAUACACAGAAUGAACGUGGGAGACUACAAAGCUCAACUGAUGAUAAUGACCAGUCUGUAAGUGGGUCAGGAACUGUUGUGCUACGGUCUCCGAGAGCAUCCGAAGCUAGGAACCACAGUUCUAAGCCUCCCAGCAGAUUCUCCUCAUAUGAAGACAUGUCUUCCAGUGGUACAGUUGUUCGGAUUCAAAGUGAAGACCCAGAAACUCCAAGAUCUUCAAGGUCAAGGCUGGGGAUCCAAGAAAAGGCAUCAAGCUCUUCACUUGAGGAUAGUGCUAUUAACCUUGCAGAGGCAAAGGCUGCUCUGCAGGCUGGGUUAAGAAAGGGAAAUGCUCGAGAAAGGCCUGUUGUCAACAGGUAUGAAAAGGAAUCACAUGAGCAUAGAUCUUCUGGAGUAAAUAGUCAAGAGCUCCAAAGUGAGGGUGUCGACAUGCAAAAAGGUCACAAAUCACGGCAGUUACCUGAUGGACAAUCAGCUUCUCGAGCUUCUAGUUCUGUAGCUUCACCUGCAAUCUCAUCAUUGAUAAUCCCUUCUUUGAAAGAGGCUACUGGCGACAAGUUUGAACGGCCUGCUGUUCAUGCUUUCCUUGAUUCUUUGAUGGAUCUAGAACUUGAGAUACCUGGAUCAUGCGAAGUACUGAUUGGCAGAUUGCUACACCGGCUAGGGAGCUCAAAGGAGUCCUCAUUGCAAGGCCUUCAGGAGACGGCAGCUUCAGUUUUUGCAAAGAAGUCUGAACCUCCCUCUGAACAAGCAAGCAACAAGAAAUUGACUAAUACACCACCAUUGUCAGCUCCUACCGUAAGCCCACUGGCAAGGUUCCUUCUCACAAGGUGGCAAAACCAAGUUUCGCAAGAUCUCAAUUCCGGUUGAUUUAUGCGAUAGAAAAGGAAGAGAUAUUUCAUCUUUGAUUCGGUGUAUAAUUAAUUUUGAGUGUACAUAAUGCAAUCUUUAGAACUCUCUUUCAGCUAUAUGGUUCCAGGCAUCUGUUGUUUCAUUUGUUGUGUUCAUGGUGAAUAGCAUAUUUCCUGCUCAUUUUCUGAUGUAUAACAUCUCAGGAACAGCGCCGACAUAUCCAAAUUUUACCAGUUGCCAAUACUUGAAAUAUCGUGAUUUUUGUUCAGAAA